UUGGUAGCAUUUCAUCUGCAUUUAUAACAGAUUUUCGUUAGAUUCUAGUCAAUCUUGAAUCGCGGUUAGCGAAGUCAACAUGGCUAGAGACUUGAAAAAUAAAGCUGUUGUUAUCACCGGUGGUGCAGUCGGCAUCGGGUUGGAAAUUGCUGACAGGUAUUUACAAAAAGGUGCCAAAGUUGUUGUUCUCCUGGACAUUGCUGAAGCUCAAGGAUUGGAAGCUGCGAAGAACCUCUCCACCAAACACGGCGCAAACAAAGCAGUAUUCAUAAAAUGCGACGUUACAAGGGACCUGGAUACCGUAUCAACUAAAAUAUUAGACACGUACAAAACUGUGGACGUGCUGGUCAAUAAUGCUGGAAUUUUAAACGACCAGCUCUCCAAAAAGACUAUUGACAUUAACGUUCAAGCUCUGAUCGAUUGGUCUAUGAAGUUUUGGGAACACAUGAGGACGGACAAGGGAGGAAAAGGUGGAACCAUCAUAAACCUGGCAUCGAUUUACGGAUAUAGAGUCGAUCAGUUCCUCCCAAUCUACCAGGCUUCGAAAUUCGCAGUGAUGGGUUUCACAAAGUCCUUGGGUCACAUCUAUAACUAUAACAGAUCUGGAAUAAGAGUCGUGGCGAUUUGCCCAGGAUUUACGGAGACCAAACUGACAGCAGACCCUAAGACCUGGGAUGAUGAUAGCAUAGCUAAAGAUUUUGCUGCGUUCGUGAAGAAACAGGCCUGGCAGAAAGUGGACGCGGUCGGCAAAGCUGCUGUGGAAGUUUUUGAGAAGGCCAACAGUGGGACAGCCUGGCUGAUUGAAGGCGCUAAGCCUAUUGUCGAAGUUUGAGGUUAUAUGUGAUUGUAAGGGAGUAAAAGCUGUUAUACCUAUUGAUUAUAAUAUUAUAUUAUGUUGAUAUGUAAUAUAAAUAUUUUUUACUUUUA